AACAACAACAUUAACAGAAAAUUUAACUUGAGGCUUGCCCAUGGAGGUAUAAAAGAACUUUUAUACCUCCCUACUUUACUAUUAUAACACUAAAAUCAAAGAAGAGUAUUCUUUAAUGGUUUAUGGACUGUAUUCUAUCCAAAAGACACAAAGUUAAAGGUUAUUAAAUGACUAAAGACUGCUGAUUCCGUCUGAAGGCUUCCGCAUUAUUAUGUGUUCUGUGGUGGUAGCAUUUGCUGUUUCUGCAGUCGAAGGAAUUGCAGGAGGCGUUCUUCAAAAUUAUAAACUUAACGAUGCUCCAAAAAGCACGACCGGUAGUAUUUCUGAUGAAGAUCAAUUAACAUCAAGGCUUUUAGUGAACACGCAGAGGGAUGCGCUGACGGAUUUUUACAUGUAUGGUUCUAAUGAUGAUAUUUACGAAGAGUUCACUGCGCAGGAAGCUACGCAUUAUUUCUUUGAAGAGGAAGAAGAACAGAAAGACAAAAAAGAGACUGACGCUUUGCCAUCUCAUCUGAAAUGGAGAGAAAAUAGAGUUCCAGGAUGGAAAUGGUUGGGAACUUGUGUUAAGUAUUCCUUUUACAUUACUGUUCUUGGUAGUUUUAUAGUUGGUUCAGCUGCUGUUCUGCUGAUGUUUGUUGACAUAAACACUGCUGAUGUGUGCUCUGAUGUCCAAUGGAAGGAUAUUCCUAUUUCAGUACAGCGUAUACGUGUUACGGUUCAAAUAUUUGAAGGCUGGUUACUUCAAUUCUUUCAUAUUUUUACCAUGCUACUUGUGUUUGGAUGGGAUGUGAUUGGACCCCUGCAUUUAUUAAAUUGGAACUUAAGUGCAGCAUUCUUAGAUUCUGUUUAUCGUUUAUAUCUACAAAUAUACAACGUAUAUGACAGCGCUUGGAUAAGUGGUCCCUUAAAUGCUCUCUUUGUUGGAAUGAUGGUUUUUAACAGUUAUCGAAUAUCAAGAUUCUUUCAUCGUGCAACGUGGAAAAAGGCUGUGCUCACUUUUCAGUUGGGUUCACAGUUUAUGCUAGGGACGUUAACAUUGUAUUCUAUUGUGUAUCUACUUAUCCCCUGGUUUGUUCAACUGUCUCCUUUACAGCAGGCUAUUGUAGCAGCUGCAGCGCCAUUAAGUGGGGCAAUAUGUAAAACAAUUUCUCGUUUAGCUAUACAAAACGUAGCAAGUGUAAAUCAUCCUGGAACAUCUUACGUCCUUGUGGUUGCCGUAUAUUCAGCAGCUCCUAUUGUAUACAGAACUUUACAAGCUGAAGUAGAGUCCUUUAAAUACUUCGCCUUGCUUUGUAUAGCACAUGGAUUUGUUGGACUCCUGGAAAGGCUUUCAGUUGUGCUUCGAGAUCAUUUUUACGUUUGGUUUUAUAAGAAAGUACUAAAAAGAGAAAGGAUUUCUUGUCACGUUGGAAUGUUCCGAACACCAAGGACACAGCGUCUGAUUGCAGAUCUAACUAUUUGUAAUAUAAUACAGGAGAUCGCAGCUCUCAUUCUAACAAACGCCUUUGUUCAACUUUACGCCCUGCAAUUUGGUUCGACAGCUGAUGGAAAAAACUUUAAUCCAAGAGAUAUUUUGAUCGAGUUUUUAUAUCGAACAAUCUUGGCUACAGCUAGCGAAUUUGUUUUCACAUUAUUUGGGAUUUUCAUCAUGACGUGGUAUUUGAACCUUCCAAUCGUUAGGAUUUGGCGAAAUAAAUGGAAAACGCUUUUGUUCACAAAUUUAAUUACAUGCUGCGUUUUGGUGUUAUAUACCACACAACAUCUGGUGACUGUUGUCGAUUCAAAGUAUAGAGAUGUGAACGAAACAAAGACUUGUGACCCGUCACAAUUGCUCUUUUUUAAAAAUAGUAUAUAACUAGUCUAUACGGCCCGCCGUGCAAAAAUCCACUUAGGCAAAAAAAAUGAUAAGAAAGAAACCUGGGUCCCCGAAUCCGUUUCGGAAUAAA